AUGUCUACUCUUCUGGAAAACAUCAUGGCCAUCAUUGACCUAUUCCAACAAUAUUCAAAAACAGAUAAAGAUACUGACACACUAAGCAAAGAAGAGCUGAAGGAACUUCUGGAAAAAGAGUUUCGCCCAAUCCUGAAGAAUCCAGAUGAUCCAGACAUUGUUGAUAUCUUCAUGGAUAACCUUGAUGUAGACCACAAUCAGAAAUUGGAUUUUGCAGAAUUUUUUCUUAUGGUAUUCAAGUUGGCAAAGGCAUACUAUGAAUCUAAAGUAAGACAGAAUAUGAAAACAUCAGGACAAAAAGAGAAAAAGAAGGGAUACUAUAAGAAACAGACGCUCUGGUACCCGUCAAGGGCAGAGAGCCCCCUCGUGGCCACUCUGCGGAUGCCCGCGAACACUCGGACUCCGGUGCCAGGGGGGGACAAGGACCUUCUCACGGACAGUCUGCCGACAGCUCUAGGCGAUCGGGGGUCUCAUCAAGCAGAGACAUCCUCUCGAGGACACGACGUCCCACCCCAUGGGCAGUCAGGAUCGAGCUCAAGAGGGAGACAAGAACCACGACCUGAGCACUCACCAGACAGCUCCAGACACUCAGCCACCGGCCACGGACCAUCGUCUUCCAGAGCCACGUCAACCAGCCACCAGGGAACCCAGAGUCCUCAGGCCAGCAACAGCGAAAGACAGUCUGGGGAGCCAGGUAGGCGGUCCGCCUCGACCCACACGGGGCCUGGGUCCAGUUCAAGGCAUCAACAUGCGUCUGCCCACGGACAGUCAGGAGACAGCUCGAGGCACUCGGGGUCGCCCCAAGGGCAAGCAGCCGCCCGCGGGCAGUCUGAGUCUGCCCGUGGACGACAGUCAGGGUCCAGCAGUACACACGGACAGGGACGCCGCCAUGAACGGGCGGAAGAGAGCUCCGGACACUCAGCGACCGGGCACGGACAAACCUCAUCUGGACCCAGUAACAGCAGACACCGAGGAUCCAGUAUCAGCCAGGCCAGUGACAGUGAAGGACCAUCAGGAGACUCAGUCAGGCAGUCAGGGUCAGCCCACGGACGGUCUGGGUCCAGUCAAAGUAAACAACACGAGGGCGCACGUGGUCACUCAGGUGACAGGGCUGGCCACUCGGGGUCUUAUCCCUACCAGAUGUCCUGGCAUCAACAGCCCGAUUCUGCCCAUGGGCAGACCCGGUCCAGUACCAGGGGAAGGCAGGGAUCCCACCCUGGGCAGACAGAGGACAGCGCCAGACACACGGGGUCGCAGGAGGGUCAGCCAUCCACUGGCGGGCACUCUGAGUCCUCCCGUGGAAGGUCCGGAUCCAGCACUAGAGGGAAACAGGGAUCCCGCCAGGAGCAGGAAAGAGACAGCUCUAGACAUGCGGGGUCGCAACGCCAACACCCAGCCUCCCAGGGUCAUGCUGAUGCCCACCAUGGUCGGUCAGGAUCCAGAAGUGCAAACACUCACAGAUCUAGCCAGGCACAAGCAGGGGGCAGCUCCCGCCACUCACAGUCUGGGCACGCACCCUCAUCACCCGCAUCCAGGGCAAGCAGAAACGAAGGGCCCAGCUCCGGUCAACACAGUGAUAGUGAAGGACUCUCAGAAGAUUCAGAGACGCAGUCGAGGUCUGGUUCAGGAGACCGCCAUGGAUCUGCCCGUGGCCAGUCGGGAGACAGCUCUGGCUCUGGACAUUCUGGGUCCCAUCGAGGGCAGAGCGCCAGUCACGGGCAAUCUGUAGACCGCACCAGACAACCAGCGCCUCGUCAGGCAGGCACAUCGUCUCCUGGACACAAUGUCCCAUCCCACGGGCAGUCAGGGUCGAGCUCAAGAGAGAGACAAGAUUCCCGGCAUGAGCGCUCACCAGACAGCUCCAGACACUCAGACGCUGGACACGGCCCAUCGUCUCCCAGAUCCAGGGCAACCAGGCACCAGGGGACCCACAGUACUCAGGCCAGCGACAGCGACGGGCAGUCUGAAGGUUCACGUGGGCCCUCCGCCUCCACCCGUGACAGGACCGGGUCCAGUCCAAGGCACCACAGUGAGCCUGCCCGUGACCAGUCGGGAGACAGCUCUAGACGCUCUGGUACCCGUCAAGGGCAGAGAGCCCCUCGUGGCCACUCUGCGGAUGCCCGCGAACACUCGGACUCCGGUGCCAGGGGGGGACAAGGACCUUCUCACGGACAGUCUGCCGACAGCUCUAGGCGAUCGGGGUCUCAUCAAGCAGAGACAUCCUCUCGAGGACACGACGUCCCACCCCAUGGGCAGUCAGGAUCGAGCUCAAGAGGGAGACAAGAACCACGACCUGAGCACUCACCAGACAGCUCCAGACACUCAGCCACCGGCCACGGACCAUCGUCUUCCAGAGCCACGUCAACCAGCCACCAGGGAACCCAGAGUCCUCAGGCCAGCAACAGCGAAAGACAGUCUGGGGAGCCAGGUAGGCGGUCCGCCUCGACCCACACGGGGCCUGGGUCCAGUUCAAGGCAUCAACAUGCGUCUGCCCACGGACAGUCAGGAGACAGCUCGAGGCACUCGGGGUCGCCCCAAGGGCAAGCAGCCGCCCGCGGGCAGUCUGAGUCUGCCCGUGGACGACAGUCAGGGUCCAGCAGUACACACGGACAGGGACGCCGCCAUGAACGGGCGGAAGAGAGCUCCGGACACUCAGCGACCGGGCACGGACAAACCUCAUCUGGACCCAGUAACAGCAGACACCGAGGAUCCAGUAUCAGCCAGGCCAGUGACAGUGAAGGACCAUCAGGAGACUCAGUCAGGCAGUCAGGGUCAGCCCACGGACGGUCUGGGUCCAGUCAAAGUAAACAACACGAGGGCGCACGUGGUCACUCAGGUGACAGGGCUGGCCACUCGGGGUCUUAUCCCUACCAGAUGUCCUGGCAUCAACAGCCCGAUUCUGCCCAUGGGCAGACCCGGUCCAGUACCAGGGGAAGGCAGGGAUCCCACCCUGGGCAGACAGAGGACAGCGCCAGACACACGGGGUCGCAGGAGGGUCAGCCAUCCACUGGCGGGCACUCUGAGUCCUCCCGUGGAAGGUCCGGAUCCAGCACUAGAGGGAAACAGGGAUCCCGCCAGGAGCAGGAAAGAGACAGCUCUAGACAUGCGGGGUCGCAACGCCAACACCCAGCCUCCCAGGGUCAUGCUGAUGCCCACCAUGGUCGGUCAGGAUCCAGAAGUGCAAACACUCACAGAUCUAGCCAGGCACAAGCAGGGGGCAGCUCCCGCCACUCACAGUCUGGGCACGCACCCUCAUCACCCGCAUCCAGGGCAAGCAGAAACGAAGGGCCCAGCUCCGGUCAACACAGUGAUAGUGAAGGACUCUCAGAAGAUUCAGAGACGCAGUCGAGGUCUGGUUCAGGAGACCGCCAUGGAUCUGCCCGUGGCCAGUCGGGAGACAGCUCUGGCUCUGGACAUUCUGGGUCCCAUCGAGGGCAGAGCGCCAGUCACGGGCCAUCUGAGUCCGCCCAGGAACAUUCAGACUCAGGAGCCAAUAGAAGACAAGGAUCUAGUCACAGGCAAUCUGUAGACCGCACCAGACAACCAGCGCCUCGUCAGGCAGGCACAUCGUCUCCUGGACACAAUGUCCCAUCCCACGGGCAGUCAGGGUCGAGCUCAAGAGAGAGACAAGAUUCCCGGCAUGAGCGCUCACCAGACAGCUCCAGACACUCAGACGCUGGACACGGCCCAUCGUCUCCCAGAUCCAGGGCAACCAGGCACCAGGGGACCCACAGUACUCAGGCCAGCGACAGCGACGGGCAGUCUGAAGGUUCACGUGGGCCCUCCGCCUCCACCCGUGACAGGACCGGGUCCAGUCCAAGGCACCACAGUGAGCCUGCCCGUGACCAGUCGGGAGACAGCUCUAGACGCUCUGGUACCCGUCAAGGGCAGAGAGCCCCUCGUGGCCACUCUGCGGAUGCCCGCGAACACUCGGACUCCGGUGCCAGGGGGGGACAAGGACCUUCUCACGGACAGUCUGCCGACAGCUCUAGGCGAUCGGGGUCUCAUCAAGCAGAGACAUCCUCUCGAGGACACGACGUCCCACCCCAUGGGCAGUCAGGAUCGAGCUCAAGAGGGAGACAAGAACCACGACCUGAGCACUCACCAGACAGCUCCAGACACUCAGCCACCGGCCACGGACCAUCGUCUUCCAGAGCCACGUCAACCAGCCACCAGGGAACCCAGAGUCCUCAGGCCAGCAACAGCGAAAGACAGUCUGGGGAGCCAGGUAGGCGGUCCGCCUCGACCCACACGGGGCCUGGGUCCAGUUCAAGGCAUCAACAUGCGUCUGCCCACGGACAGUCAGGAGACAGCUCGAGGCACUCGGGGUCGCCCCAAGGGCAAGCAGCCGCCCGCGGGCAGUCUGAGUCUGCCCGUGGACGACAGUCAGGGUCCAGCAGUACACACGGACAGGGACGCCGCCAUGAACGGGCGGAAGAGAGCUCCGGACACUCAGCGACCGGGCACGGACAAACCUCAUCUGGACCCAGUAACAGCAGACACCGAGGAUCCAGUAUCAGCCAGGCCAGUGACAGUGAAGGACCAUCAGGAGACUCAGUCAGGCAGUCAGGGUCAGCCCACGGACGGUCUGGGUCCAGUCAAAGUAAACAACACGAGGGCGCACGUGGUCACUCAGGUGACAGGGCUGGCCACUCGGGGUCUUAUCCCUACCAGAUGUCCUGGCAUCAACAGCCCGAUUCUGCCCAUGGGCAGACCCGGUCCAGUACCAGGGGAAGGCAGGGAUCCCACCCUGGGCAGACAGAGGACAGCGCCAGACACACGGGGUCGCAGGAGGGUCAGCCAUCCACUGGCGGGCACUCUGAGUCCUCCCGUGGAAGGUCCGGAUCCAGCACUAGAGGGAAACAGGGAUCCCGCCAGGAGCAGGAAAGAGACAGCUCUAGACAUGCGGGGUCGCAACGCCAACACCCAGCCUCCCAGGGUCAUGCUGAUGCCCACCAUGGUCGGUCAGGAUCCAGAAGUGCAAACACUCACAGAUCUAGCCAGGCACAAGCAGGGGGCAGCUCCCGCCACUCACAGUCUGGGCACGCACCCUCAUCACCCGCAUCCAGGGCAAGCAGAAACGAAGGGCCCAGCUCCGGUCAACACAGUGAUAGUGAAGGACUCUCAGAAGAUUCAGAGACGCAGUCGAGGUCUGGUUCAGGAGACCGCCAUGGAUCUGCCCGUGGCCAGUCGGGAGACAGCUCUGGCUCUGGACAUUCUGGGUCCCAUCGAGGGCAGAGCGCCAGUCACGGGCCAUCUGAGUCCGCCCAGGAACAUUCAGACUCAGGAGCCAAUAGAAGACAAGGAUCUAGUCACAGGCAAUCUGUAGACCGCACCAGACAACCAGCGCCUCGUCAGGCAGGCACAUCGUCUCCUGGACACAAUGUCCCAUCCCACGGGCAGUCAGGGUCGAGCUCAAGAGAGAGACAAGAUUCCCGGCAUGAGCGCUCACCAGACAGCUCCAGACACUCAGACGCUGGACACGGCCCAUCGUCUCCCAGAUCCAGGGCAACCAGGCACCAGGGGACCCACAGUACUCAGGCCAGCGACAGCGACGGGCAGUCUGAAGGUUCACGUGGGCCCUCCGCCUCCACCCGUGACAGGACCGGGUCCAGUCCAAGGCACCACAGUGAGCCUGCCCGUGACCAGUCGGGAGACAGCUCUAGACGCUCUGGUACCCGUCAAGGGCAGAGAGCCCCUCGUGGCCACUCUGCGGAUGCCCGCGAACACUCGGACUCCGGUGCCAGGGGGGGACAAGGACCUUCUCACGGACAGUCUGCCGACAGCUCUAGGCGAUCGGGGUCUCAUCAAGCAGAGACAUCCUCUCGAGGACACGACGUCCCACCCCAUGGGCAGUCAGGAUCGAGCUCAAGAGGGAGACAAGAACCACGACCUGAGCACUCACCAGACAGCUCCAGACACUCAGCCACCGGCCACGGACCAUCGUCUUCCAGAGCCACGUCAACCAGCCACCAGGGAACCCAGAGUCCUCAGGCCAGCAACAGCGAAAGACAGUCUGGGGAGCCAGGUAGGCGGUCCGCCUCGACCCACACGGGGCCUGGGUCCAGUUCAAGGCAUCAACAUGCGUCUGCCCACGGACAGUCAGGAGACAGCUCGAGGCACUCGGGGUCGCCCCAAGGGCAAGCAGCCGCCCGCGGGCAGUCUGAGUCUGCCCGUGGACGACAGUCAGGGUCCAGCAGUACACACGGACAGGGACGCCGCCAUGAACGGGCGGAAGAGAGCUCCGGACACUCAGCGACCGGGCACGGACAAACCUCAUCUGGACCCAGUAACAGCAGACACCGAGGAUCCAGUAUCAGCCAGGCCAGUGACAGUGAAGGACCAUCAGGAGACUCAGUCAGGCAGUCAGGGUCAGCCCACGGACGGUCUGGGUCCAGUCAAAGUAAACAACACGAGGGCGCACGUGGUCACUCAGGUGACAGGGCUGGCCACUCGGGGUCUUAUCCCUACCAGAUGUCCUGGCAUCAACAGCCCGAUUCUGCCCAUGGGCAGACCCGGUCCAGUACCAGGGGAAGGCAGGGAUCCCACCCUGGGCAGACAGAGGACAGCGCCAGACACACGGGGUCGCAGGAGGGUCAGCCAUCCACUGGCGGGCACUCUGAGUCCUCCCGUGGAAGGUCCGGAUCCAGCACUAGAGGGAAACAGGGAUCCCGCCAGGAGCAGGAAAGAGACAGCUCUAGACAUGCGGGGUCGCAACGCCAACACCCAGCCUCCCAGGGUCAUGCUGAUGCCCACCAUGGUCGGUCAGGAUCCAGAAGUGCAAACACUCACAGAUCUAGCCAGGCACAAGCAGGGGGCAGCUCCCGCCACUCACAGUCUGGGCACGCACCCUCAUCACCCGCAUCCAGGGCAAGCAGAAACGAAGGGCCCAGCUCCGGUCAACACAGUGAUAGUGAAGGACUCUCAGAAGAUUCAGAGACGCAGUCGAGGUCUGGUUCAGGAGACCGCCAUGGAUCUGCCCGUGGCCAGUCGGGAGACAGCUCUGGCUCUGGACAUUCUGGGUCCCAUCGAGGGCAGAGCGCCAGUCACGGGCCAUCUGAGUCCGCCCAGGAACAUUCAGACUCAGGAGCCAAUAGAAGACAAGGAUCUAGUCACAGGCAAUCUGUAGACCGCACCAGACAACCAGCGCCUCGUCAGGCAGGCACAUCGUCUCCUGGACACAAUGUCCCAUCCCACGGGCAGUCAGGGUCGAGCUCAAGAGAGAGACAAGAUUCCCGGCAUGAGCGCUCACCAGACAGCUCCAGACACUCAGACGCUGGACACGGCCCAUCGUCUCCCAGAUCCAGGGCAACCAGGCACCAGGGGACCCACAGUACUCAGGCCAGCGACAGCGACGGGCAGUCUGAAGGACCGGGUCCAGUCCAAGGCACCACAGUGAGCCUGCCCGUGACCAGUCGGGAGACAGCUCUAGACGCUCUGGUACCCGUCAAGGGCAGAGAGCCCCCUCGUGGCCACUCUGCGGAUGCCCGCGAACACUCGGACUCCGGUGCCAGGGGGGGACAAGGACCUUCUCACGGACAGUCUGCCGACAGCUCUAGGCGAUCGGGGUCUCAUCAAGCAGAGACAUCCUCUCGAGGACACGACGUCCCACCCCAUGGGCAGUCAGGAUCGAGCUCAAGAGGGAGACAAGAACCACGACCUGAGCACUCACCAGACAGCUCCAGACACUCAGCCACCGGCCACGGACCAUCGUCUUCCAGAGCCACGUCAACCAGCCACCAGGGAACCCAGAGUCCUCAGGCCAGCAACAGCGAAAGACAGUCUGGGGAGCCAGGUAGGCGGUCCGCCUCGACCCACACGGGGCCUGGGUCCAGUUCAAGGCAUCAACAUGCGUCUGCCCACGGACAGUCAGGAGACAGCUCGAGGCACUCGGGGUCGCCCCAAGGGCAAGCAGCCGCCCGCGGGCAGUCUGAGUCUGCCCGUGGACGACAGUCAGGGUCCAGCAGUACACACGGACAGGGACGCCGCCAUGAACGGGCGGAAGAGAGCUCCGGACACUCAGCGACCGGGCACGGACAAACCUCAUCUGGACCCAGUAACAGCAGACACCGAGGAUCCAGUAUCAGCCAGGCCAGUGACAGUGAAGGACCAUCAGGAGACUCAGUCAGGCAGUCAGGGUCAGCCCACGGACGGUCUGGGUCCAGUCAAAGUAAACAACACGAGGGCGCACGUGGUCACUCAGGUGACAGGGCUGGCCACUCGGGGUCUUAUCCCUACCAGAUGUCCUGGCAUCAACAGCCCGAUUCUGCCCAUGGGCAGACCCGGUCCAGUACCAGGGGAAGGCAGGGAUCCCACCCUGGGCAGACAGAGGACAGCGCCAGACACACGGGGUCGCAGGAGGGUCAGCCAUCCACUGGCGGGCACUCUGAGUCCUCCCGUGGAAGGUCCGGAUCCAGCACUAGAGGGAAACAGGGAUCCCGCCAGGAGCAGGAAAGAGACAGCUCUAGACAUGCGGGGUCGCAACGCCAACACCCAGCCUCCCAGGGUCAUGCUGAUGCCCACCAUGGUCGGUCAGGAUCCAGAAGUGCAAACACUCACAGAUCUAGCCAGGCACAAGCAGGGGGCAGCUCCCGCCACUCACAGUCUGGGCACGCACCCUCAUCACCCGCAUCCAGGGCAAGCAGAAACGAAGGGCCCAGCUCCGGUCAACACAGUGAUAGUGAAGGACUCUCAGAAGAUUCAGAGACGCAGUCGAGGUCUGGUUCAGGAGACCGCCAUGGAUCUGCCCGUGGCCAGUCGGGAGACAGCUCUGGCUCUGGACAUUCUGGGUCCCAUCGAGGGCAGAGCGCCAGUCACGGGCCAUCUGAGUCCGCCCAGGAACAUUCAGACUCAGGAGCCAAUAGAAGACAAGGAUCUAGUCACAGGCAAUCUGUAGACCGCACCAGACAACCAGCGCCUCGUCAGGCAGGCACAUCGUCUCCUGGACACAAUGUCCCAUCCCACGGGCAGUCAGGGUCGAGCUCAAGAGAGAGACAAGAUUCCCGGCAUGAGCGCUCACCAGACAGCUCCAGACACUCAGACGCUGGACACGGCCCAUCGUCUCCCAGAUCCAGGGCAACCAGGCACCAGGGGACCCACAGUACUCAGGCCAGCGACAGCGACGGGCAGUCUGAAGGUUCACGUGGGCCCUCCGCCUCCACCCGUGACAGGACCGGGUCCAGUCCAAGGCACCACAGUGAGCCUGCCCGUGACCUGUCGGGAGAUACAUCCAGUGACUCGGGAUCUCACCAUAGUCACAUAGCCACGUAUAGACAGUUUGACUAUCCAUGUAAUCUGUCAAGGUUCAGCUGUGGACAAGAGCAAGGGCAAUAUGAAGCAGGUGGUGAGAGCUGUGAGACAGAAUGUCCACUGACAUUUUCAGCACAUUUUGGUCACAGUAGACACCGGGCAUCCUGUAUUAGUCAAUCCAAUUAUUCAGAGGCUUGA